GUAGCACGUGAGCCUCCAAGCGAGGAAGAUCUGGUAUAUUUUUGUGUUGGAUUUUUGUCGCAGUCUUGGAGAACUCUGGGACGAGCUGUGACAGUCACACUGGGUCCAGUCGUGGCGUCCGUUUCUCUCACAAACUUACCCACAAGUCUCACCGGAAUGGACGAAGACGAUGAAUUUGAGUGACGGCGGAGAUGCUGAUCCACAGCGACGUAGAUGACGAGCAGACUCUGGCCGAGGCUGAAGCUCAGGAGAGCAUUGGAGAUGUUGAGGAAGAGGUGGCUGACCUCCAACAGGAGAGUGAGCUGCCAUUGGAAGAGCUGCUCAAACGCUAUGGGUACUCUCCAGCCGACAAGCCGUGUGGUGACCUGGAAUCUGAGGUGGAUGAGGGAGGAGGAGGAGAGGGGAAGGAAGAAGAGGAAGGGGGAAGGAGAGAGGGAGGAGAGGAAGAGGACGGAGAGGGAGGGAGAGAGGGAAAAUCAGAAGGUGGAGAAGGAAGUGAGGAGAGGGACAGAGGGAUAAAGAGAGGGAGAAUUAGAGACAAUAUGUUAGAGGAAGAUGAGGCCACCAGCUCUAGUUGCGAUGAAGAAACUUAGCAUUGAAAAAAACGCAACUUUGGCCGUGGAAGAAAUUUCCCUCCAUACACAGCGCACGAAGAGAUAAAACAAGUAUCUCUGGCACGACAUGACCGAGACACCACGAAACUGGAACCAACAGAUGAAUCAAUUGAGCCAGUUACUUUCAUCACCGCUAUUACAGGCACUCCUUCAACAGACAGCAGUAAUCACGAGUAUAUUAUUCCACCCACUAGCAACUCUAUCACUUCACAGCAUCAUGACCCCACAGUUCCCCAGCAUCAAUCUAUACCCUACAUUCACCCUGACUCCGUUCUACUAGGCACCAAUCCAUCUACCCACCCCCAACCAAAACUGGAGCUGGUCCAUACACUAAUUGGAGUAGCCCCUGCAAUGACUGUUGCCCCAUUGGAAACUGCUAUAGAGAACACUCCACUAGGAGUAAUAGCGGAUGGAUCUAUGUUGUCAGAUGGAGGUCAUCUGCUGUCGGGCGAUCCCAUGCUGCCUGCCGGGAGGGUGGGUGAGGGUGUGGGGAGGGGAGGAGGGAGUGAGGUUAGGGAAAGAGAGAGUAGACUAUCUGGAGGAGGAGAGAGGGAGAGAGACCCGCUGGAGAGGAGCCCAAGACUCACAGACGGCUACAGUUCAGACCCCCAAUCGUCGAGUGAUGUCCAGUCCCACACCCCCUCCUCCACCUCACUACAAACCUCCUCCUUCUCCUCCGCCUCCUCCUCAGUCAGUGGAGGCUCCCGAGCGUUCCCUCCUCAUUCUGACCUCAAGUCUCGCCUGCGCCCAGAGCUACCUGAGAGACGCAGCAUGCGACUCAUGGCCAAUGACGAGAAAGUAGACUCGUAUUUUUCGGCAUUUUUCGAUGACGAUGAAGGGGACGAUGAGUAUUUUCCAGUGGAAGAAUGGAAACAGGAGAUUCGAGUAGGCCCUAGCUACCAGGUGGAGGUGGCAAAUGUCUCGUCACAGGAGCCCUACUCUCAACAGAGGGACACUCCUGGUGACAGUCUGCUAUGGAGACCUCGCUCACCUGAAGACAGAGUGGUGUCAUAUCUGAAGACGGUAUCGACAGUGGUGAAACCCGAUUCAGGCAUUAACAGUUGGGAGACUGAACAGGCCAUGAAAUUGUUGCAAGAGUGUGACCACAACGUUCAGAGGGCAGUAGAUGUAGUGCAGGAACAAGGUCUACCGACAGGUACAAGGCAGUGGAGUGAAGAAGAGUGCAGCGAAUUUGAAGAAGGUCUGCAAUGCAUACGUACACCGUUAGCGCCGCGUGUAGUAAAUAUGUUGUGUGUGAAGACUCCACAGUUUGCGUGGCCUAUUAGCAGGUGUAUUGCGACGGUAGCGAUUCUCGGUAGCCCCGCUGUUACUACUCAGUGUUGUGCAACUUCGUUCCCCUCUGUUGUUGCGGUUGGAAAAUAGACGCAAGUCCCGACAAAAGAUAGGGGGGGAAUCGCUCGAUCUGUUGCGUGUUUUUGAAUCCGUUUGCACCAAUUUGCAAUCCAUCCGGUAAUAGGUGCAAUUUUCUGUCAUUUUUACGCUUUGUCGUGGACGUAAUGCGUGUAUAAAGUGUGUCCUGCUGUUCUUUGACUCGUGAUCUAGCAGCGAAAGUAUCUACUCACUUUGUGUUUCUAAAUUGCAUUUCUAAGGUCAGACACUAAGUACUUUCAACAUCGUGAAACCUUUCCCCCCCUCUCUCCUUGGCUGCAAAACCAGCGGUAGAGUAAGGGACGACAGACAUGUGUACAAACUACCAACUUACAUUCUGUUUACUUUCCAAUGAAACAUAGUAGCCUUGGAGAGGAGUUUGAAGAGGGCACGCAUACAGAGCUGUAAGACAAAGAGCUCCUGGGGGAAAA